AUGUCAUGGAAUAAAGAGAACUUAGAAAUAUUUAUAGAAAUAUACAGAGAUAAUCCUUGUUUAUGGAAAGAAACUGAAAAUAAUACAGCAAAUCAGUCGUCAAAUAGUUCAACUGCAACUAAACCAAAAAGAAAGACAACAUCAAACACACAAUUUUUGGAAGCCUGCCAACGUGCUUUGGAGAAAAACAUCACUGAAACCACCGAAUAUGAAGCAGUUGGUAUAAACGUGGCAAAGAAAUUAGAUAAAAUGAAAAAUACACAAGCCAUAUAUGCUGAAACAUUAAUAAAUACAAUUUUAAGUACAGGUUUAUCAAACCAGUUGACUCCAAAUACUGCAAUUUUUGAAGACAAACAUAAUGAUCUUCACAGUUUUUUUUUUUUUAGAUGGAAAUCUGGUGUUGGAUCAUCGUUAAAUUACAUUUCUUUGAAACAACCGAUUGAUAAAUCAAGUUUUCUUAUACCGUAUCCAAGUUGGGAGGCAAAUACAAUUCCUUCGAAUAAAACGGAUUUAAAGCCGGAUCAUAUCAUUUCGACGUUUCGAAUUAAAUCGGACGUUUGCGACAGACUUUGGGUUAUGGAUACCGGAGUUGAUGAUAUUUUAGGAAGUUAUAACGUCGUCGCAAGUCCCGCUAUAGUCAUUUUUGAUUUAAAAACCGAUACUUUGAUUAAACGAUAUGAGUUGAAAAAGGAUGAUGCUAAAGAUUCUUCGUUCUUCGCUAACAUAGUUGUAGAUGUUGACAAAGAUAACUGUAACGAUGCUUACGCAUAUAUUCCGGAUUUAGGUGGUUACGGAAUUGUAAUUUACUCAUUAGCAUCGGAUGAUUCUUGGCGUGUCGAACAUAACUUUUUCCACUUUGAUCCUUUGCAAGGUGAUUUAACUGUGGGUGGGGUUAAUUUCCAUUGGACUGAUGGAGUUUUUGGAAUUGCCUUAUCGAAUAAAUUAGAAAAUGGACAUAGAACGGCGUUUUUCCAUUCGUUGGCUAGCACGAAAGAAUUUGGAGUAUGUACGAGCAUUUUAAAGAACAAAACUGCAGCUACAACUCCUGGAAAUUAUUACGCUUUUAAAGUGCUCGGUGAUAAAGGAGAUGAUUCGCAAACUUCAGCAAGCGAUUUCGAUCCAAACUCAGAAGUUUUAUUCUUUACACAAUUGCAAAAAGACGGUGUUGCUUGUUGGAAUACAAAAAAAGCUUUGGCACCGGAAAAUGUUGCUUUGGUAGCUGAAGACGGUGAAAGAUUAGUGUUUACUAAUGAUAUAAAGUUGGCUAGAGAUGAACCUUAUUUGUAUAUUCUUUCGGAUAGAAUGCCUGAAUUUCUUUAUGGAAAAUUGGAUCAAUCAAAAAUUAAUUACAGGAUAUUUAGGCUGAAUGUAAAUGAAGCGAUUAAAGGAACUCCUUGUGCUGGUUAAAAAUAUACUUAAUAAUUUUAGUUAUUAACAUAAACUUGUAAUCAUAAAUAUAUAAAAAA